AUGGUGGCCAGCCAACAGCUGGCCAUGGGCAACGGUUCAAUCAAAGCCCCACGGCCAGAAGACAGCUGCCUGGCCUCCAGCCUCAAGGUGUGUGACACGGAGCCCUUGAGGCUCAGGAUAGCCCACCUGGAAGAAGAGCUGGCCCAGAGGGACCAGGAGUUCAACACCCAGGAGCUGCAGCUGCAGAGCCUGCAGAGAGAGCUGGAGGCUAAAGUCUCCCAGAUAGAAAAGCUUCAGGAUGCCAUCGGCUACAACAGCCUAGGCCGCUCCCCUCCGGCUCCCAACUGCCACCGCAUGCUCAGUGUCAUCAACCAGGGUCCCACCCGCUUCCACAGGGUGGCUGUAGAGGUCCACCGCAGGCUCAAGGCCAAGGAGGGCGUGUCGGCCGAGCCCACCUCAGGGCACUUCUGUGGGGGUUUCAGAGCCCACCAUGUGUCCAUAGAGAGGGCUAGUGUUCGCAAGGCCUCCAGGUGGGUGUCAGAGAUCGACAGAACCACACAAUAUUGUUGAGGUUAUUGGAGGGUUAAUAAUUCCAGAAACACAUAUAAACCCAGUUGCAUUGUACAGUAUGUGAUAAUGGGCCACAUGUCAUGACAUGCAAGCAGAAAUGUUCCCCAAAGUUUAAAAGCAAUCAGCUGGAUCUGCGAUAAUAAAGCCUACCUUGAAUCAUUAUUUGUACUCAGCGGGUCUGGUGUAGGCUACUGUGCAUGCACAUAAAAGAACCAAGGCCGGGAUUCAAUCCGAUCACACUUUGUCCGCAAUGCACAUUUUAAAGGCAAUGUCCCUGCGUUUGCGGAUACCACAUUCAGGGUAAACACUGCAUAUGUCGUCUUAAUUGUAAAUUACCUUUAAAUGGCACAUUGUCCAAAUCGGAUUGAAUCGGAUUGAAUCCCGGCCCAAUCCUCCUCUUGAAAGGAUAAGACGGUAUGGAGCUCUGUCCAAGCCUUUGUAGUGUCUGCCACUCCAAGGAGAUUUGAAAGCCUGUAUUAACAUUGGGGAUAAUAGGAAGGCACACAGGGAAACAAAGCCAUGAGCAUCUAUAUGCAAUAUGCAUGGACUGGAUCAUUAUGGCUUUAAUUAAGCAGACCUCGGUUGCCUGCCCCCUACUCUCCUGCUUUAGUCCAUUCACCAGGUCCAUUUUAGGUUAAUGGACUGGCCCUCGGCUGUCUGAUGUAAUAAUUAGAGGCCUUAUAGUUAAGAGGGAUGCAGGGGGAAACUGACACGCCUAAUGGUACUACAUUAACUGUUUGUCUCCUUCUACGUGACUGGUUUAGAGACGGGAAAAUAUAGCGCUUUGUCCAUCUAUGAAAAUCUAACAUGAAUGCUGUAGUAGAAAUACAGUAGUAAUGGCCUGAUUGAAAGUAUCUUGUGAUUAACUUAAGCAUUUACUCAUGGUCGUGUACACUCAACCACCAGUUAGCAGCCCUAUUGUAUGUUGGGUUUAGGGGGCUGUUUAAGGUGAAAUAAUGUGAAAUCUGCUCAUGAGGGUGCUAUCCCAGUACCUCACUGCAUGCAUUUUUACUUGUACGUGUGUAAUAAAUGGAAUCAUUUAGUUCAGAAAAGUUAGCCAGAGGCAAUAAAACUAUAUUAUUCAAAAUAAAAUUAUGAUAUUUGAAUGUUGGAUGAAUAUUGAUUUGGAGGUGAAAAAAACCUUGACUUCUAAAAGUAGAGAGUGUCUACUUGGAGGUGUUUCUCUGUACCUCUUAUCUGUGCUCCUCCUGCUCCCAGCACCAAGAAGCUGAUCAAUGAUGCCAUCAUGAAUAAUGACUUCCUGAAGAAGCUGGAUCCGCAGCACAUGAGGGAGAUGGUGGACUGCAUGUAUGAGAGGAUCUACACUGAGGGCCAACUGGUCAUCCAGGAGGGAGAACCAGGGAACUACCUCUAUGUGCUGGCAGGUCAUAUCAACUUUAUUAAUCUCUGUUAACCCAGAAGUAAAAUCUCGCGUAAUUUGGUCUGCUGCAUGAUUGACUUAUGUGUUCAUAUGUGUUAGAAAUUGAGAGUUCCGGCAAAAAGUUCUCCACCCUCGCAAAAGGAAACUCUCAGCCAAAGAACCCCCCCCCCAACCCCCCACCCCCACCCCCCACCCCCACCCUCCGAUCCAUGCAAUGUUCUCAAGGCGAAGCAGUUUAAGAACCACCUUCGCCCAAUCCUGUCCAAAUAAUGUCCAAAUAACGUGACGAAAACCCACAAAUAAUAAUCCAAGUGCUACUCAUUGUCUCAUGCAUCCCAUUCAGUCCCGGCAGAUUCUUCGGUCUACAUACAGAAUCUUCCCACAGGAGAUUACAACUUUUGUAACUUCUUCACAAGGGGGGUUGCCUGUGGGUUAUAGCACUUACACAGCAUAUAUUUAGCUAUUUGUCUAUACUCAUGCUAGGUUUUUUCUCUUCAGAUGGCCUGCUAGAGGUCAUGCAGAACGGCAAAUUGCUCGGAGAGAUGCGUCCCAGGACUGCCUUUGGAGAAUUGGCUAUAUUGUACAACUGUAAGAGAACUGCUACAGUGAAAGGUGAGUUUAACUAGUAGAGUCUGUAGAAUGAGAGGAUUUGAUUCCCCUUUAAGAUACAGUACUUCCCCACACACAUCAUAAACAAAGUGUUCAUAAUCAAGUGCAUAUCAUGCAACAAACGAUCCAUAUGACAUACAAAAUUAUCCAUGUAUGAGGCAAAGCAGCAUGGCAGCACAUGAUUUUAUGAGAAGUCACCAAGGGACUAUUAAAACCUCAAUAUAAACUGGGUGGUUCGAGUCCUGAAUGCUGAUUUGGCUGACAGCUGUGGUAUACCACAGGUAUGACAAAACAUUUAUUUUUACUGCUCUAAUUACGUUGGUAACUAGUUUAUAAUAGCAAUAAGGCACCUCUGGGGUUUGUGGUAUAUUGGAAAUAUACCACGGCUAAGGGCUGUAUCCAGGCACUUAGCGUUGCGUCGUGCAUAAGAACAGCCCUUAGCCAUGGUAUAUUGGCCAUAUACCACAACCUCUCGUGCCUUAUUGCUUAAUUAGAAUAUGCAAAUCUCACACAGUCUCCUAGUCAACAGGUGCUUCCUCUAAUCUUGCAUAGAAUAGUAUUUGUAUUUUUGUAUUUAUUAAGGAUCCCCAUUAGCUGCUGCCAAGACAUUAAGGCAGUUAUAUACACAAUUUAAAAUAUUACAUGACAUUACAUAUCAUAGCACUUUACCCAAUACAUUUAGUGUGUACGUGUGUGUAGUGUGCGUGUCUUAUCAUGUGUAUGUGUGUCUGUGCCCGUGUGUCUGUCUCUUCACAGUCCCCGCUGUUCCAUAAGGUGUGUUUUUAUCUGUUUUUAAAAUCUGAUUCUACUGCUUGCAUCAGUUACCUAAUGUGGAAUAGAGUUCCAUGUAGUCAUGGCUCUAUGUAGUACUGUGGGCCUCCCAUAGUCUGUUCUGGACUUGGGGAUUGUGAAGAGAACUUUGGUGGCAUGUCUUGUGGGGUAUGCAUGGGUGUCUGAGCUGUGUGCUAGUAGUUUAAACAGACACCUCGGUGCAUUCAGCAUGUCAACACUUCUUAGAAAAACAAGACAUGCCACCAAAGUUCUCUUCACAAUCCCCAAGUCCAGAACAGACUAUGGGAGGCCCACAGUACUACAUAGAGCCAUGACUACAUGGAACUCUAUUCCACAUUAGGUAACUGAUGCAAGCAGUUACCUAAUGUUCUGAGCCAGUUGUAAUUUUCCGCGGUCCCUCUUUGUGGCACCUGACCACACGACUGAACAGUAGUCCAGGUGCGACAGAACUAGAGCCUGUAGGACCUGCCUUGUUGAUGGUGUUGUUAAAAAGGCAGAACAGAGCUUUAUUAUGGACAGACUUCUCCCCAUCCUAGCUACUGUUGUAUCAACAUGUUUUGACCUUGACAGUUUACAAUCCAGGGUUACUCCAAGCAGUUUAGUCACCAUACCUUUUUCAGAUAUUAAAAUGAGUAAAUGUUCAUGCAAUGUUUGGCCAACUCAUAUAACAUUAUAAGAGUACCUGGCCCUGUGAAUGUCUGAUCUGAUAUGGUGUGUUGAUUGGACUUGUGAUUUCUAAUACCCAGCUGUAUCCCAGGCUCAUAUCUGGGCUCUGGACCGCCAGACCUUCCAGAGUAUUAUGAUGAAGUCUACACAGGCCACGCAAGAAGAGUACUUCAGCUUCCUACGCAGGUACAUGUAGGGGCUUGGUCCUCAAGCCUGAAACAGGCAUUGAUGUAAAUGGGAGAUUGCAUGACAGUUUGAGUUGCGAACGCAUAUACAGUCAGGUCUGACAUUUUUUGCACCCUUGAUAAAGAUGGGCAAAAAAGACUGUAUAAAAUAAAUAAUACAACUCCCGAGCUAUAUUGUAUGCUCAAAGAAAUUGGAGAAUUCUAUUUUAUCCUAAUACAAUUGCUCAGAGAAAGAGAUUUUGUUUAACAAGUUAUUGCCCCCCCCUGUUUUCAAUACCUUUCAAUAUCUCAUCUUGUGAGGAUAUCGGCACUGAGACUUUUUCUAAAAUGUUUUAUGAGAUUGGAGAACACAUUGGUAGGGAUCUUAGACUAUUCCUCCAUACAGAAUAUUUCCAGAUCCUUGAUAUCCUUUGUCUGCGCUUAUGGACUGCCCUCUUCAAUUCAAACCACAGUCGGCCAUUGAUUUUGAUGUGUGCUUGGGGUUAUUGUCUUGCUGGAAGAUCCACUUGCUGCAAAGUUUCAGCCUCCUGGCAGAGGCAACCAGGUUCUUGGCUAAAAUGUCCUCGUACUGGGUAAUGUUCAUGAUGCCGUUGACGUUAACAAGGGCCCCAGGACCAGUGGAAGCAAAAUAGCCCCAUAACAUGGGGUUCUUUUCUCAUAUGCAUCUUUCUUUCGAAGCAAAACCCAUCACUGGUGUGCAUGGCCAAAGAGCUCUAUUUUCAUAUAAUCUGACCAUAGCACUGGUUCCAAUCCAAGUCCCAGUGCUGUUUAGCAAACUCCAGGCGUUUAUAUUUGUUGGAUAACAUGAAAAUAGAGCUAUUUGGCCACACACACCAGUGGUGGGUUUUGUGUCGUAAGGUAUUUAAAACAGGGGUGCCAAUUAUUUUGACCCCUAUCUUUUUGAGAGAAAAAAAUAUGACUUGUUAAACAAAAUCUCUUUCUCUAAGCAAUUGUAUUAGGAUAAAAUAAUAUAGUUUCCCAAUUUUUAGGAGCAUGCAAUAUAUACAGUUGAAGUCGGAAGUUUACAUACACCUUAGCCAAAUACAUUUAAACUCAGUUUUUCACAGUUCCUGACAUUUAAUCCUAGUAGAAAUUCCCUCUCUUAGGUCAGUUAGGAUCACCACUUUAUUUUAAGAAUGUGAAAUGUCAGAAUAAUAGUAGAGAGCAUGAUUUAUUUCAGCUUUUAUUUAUUUCAUCACAUUUCCAGUGGGUCAGAAGUUUACAUACACUCAAUUAGUAUUUGUUAGCAUUGCCUUUACAUUGUUUAACUUGGAUCAAACGUUUUGGGGAGCCUUCUUCAAGCUUCCCACAAUAAGUUGGGUGAAUUUUGGCCCAUUCCUCCUGACAGAGCUGGUGUAACUGAGUCAGGUUUGUAGGCCUCCUUGCUCGCACACGCUUUUUCAGUUCUGCCCACAAAUGUUCUAUAGGAUUCAGGUCAGGGCUUUGUGAUGACCACUCCAAUACCUUGACUUUGUUGUCCUUAAGCCAUUUUGCCACAACUUUGGAAGUAUGCUUGGGGUCAUUGUCCAUUUGGAAGACCCAUUUGUGACCAAGCUUUAACUUCCUGUCUUGAGAUGUUGCUUCAAUAUAUCCACAUAAUUUUCCUUCCUCAUGAUGCCAUCUAUUUUGUGAAGUGCACCAGUCCCUCCUGCAGCAAAGCACCCCCACAGCAUGAUGCUGCCACCCCCAUGAUUCACGGUUGGGAUGGUGUUCUUCGGCUUGCAAGCCACACCCUUUUUCCUCCAAACAUAACGAUGGUCAUUAUGGCCAAACAGUUCUAUUUCUGUUUCAUCAGACCAGAGGACAUUUCUCCAAAAAGUACGAUCUUUGUCCCCAUGUGCAGUUGCAAACCGUAGUCUGGCUUUUUUAUGGCGGUUUUGGAGCAGUGGCUUCUUCCUUGCUGAGAGGCCUUUCAGGUUAUGUCGAUAUAGGACUCGUUUUACUGUGGAUAUAGAUACUUUUGUACCUGUUUCCUCCAGUAUCUUCACAAGGUCCUUUGCUGUUGUUCUGGGAUUGAUUUUGCACCAAAGUACGUUCAUCUCUAGGAAACAGAACGCGUCUCCUUCCUGAGCGGUAUGACGGCUGUGUGGUCCAUGGUGCUUAUACUUGCGUACUAUUGUUUGUACAGAUGAACGUGGUACCUACAGGCAUUUGGAAAUUGCUCCCAAUGAUGAACCAGACUUGUGGAGGUCUACAAUUUAUUUUCUGAGGUCUUGGCUGAUUUCUUUUGAUUUUCCCAUGAUGUCAAGCAAAGAGGCACUGAGUUUGAAGGUAGGCCUUGAAAUACAUCCACAGGUACACCUCCAAUUGACUCAAAUUAUGUCAAUUAGCCUAUCAGAAGCUUCUAAAGCCAUGACAUCAUUUUCUGGAAUUUUCCAAGCUGUUUAAAGGCACAGUCAAUUUAGUGUAUGUUAAAUUCUGACCCACUGGAAUUGUGAUACAGUGAAUUAUAAGUGAAAUAAUCUGUCUGUAAACAAUUGUUGGAAAAAUUACUUGUGUCAUGCACAAAGUAGAUGUCCUAACUGACUUGCCAAAACUAUAGUUUGUUAACAAGACAUUUGUGGAGUGGUUGAAAAACAAGUUUUAAUGACUCCAACCUAAGUGUACAGUGGGGAAAAAAAGUAUUUAGUCAGCCACCAAUUGUGCAAAUUCUCCCACUUAAAAAGAUGAGAGAGGCCUGUAAUUUUCAUCAUAGGUACACGUCAACUAUGACAGACAAAUUGAGAAAAAAAUAUCCAGAAAAUCACAUUGUACGAUUUUUUAUGAAUUUAUUUGCAAAUUAUGGUGGAAAAAAAAUAUUUGGUCACCUACAAACAAGCAAGAUUUCUGGCUCUCACAGACCUGUAAAUUCUUCUUUAAGAGGCUCCUCUGUCCUCCACUCGUUACCUGUAUUAAUGGCACCUGUUUGAACUUGUUAUCAGUAUAAAAGACACCUGUCCACAACCUCAAACAGUCACACUCCAAACUCCACUAUGGCCAAGACCAAAGAGCUGUCAAAGGACACCAGAAACAAAAUUGUAGACCUGCACCAGGCUGGGAAGACUGAAUCUGCAAUAGGUAAGCAGCUUGGUUUGAAGAAAUCAACUGUGGGAGCAAUUAUUAGGAAAUGGAAGACAUACAAGACCACUGAUAAUCUCCCACGAUCUGGGGCUCCACGCAAGAUCUCACCCUGUGGGGUCAAAAUGAUCACAAGAACGGUGAGCAAAAAUCCCAGAACCACACGGGGGGACCUAGUGAAUGACCUGCAGAGAGCUGGGACCAAAGUAACAAAGCCUACCAUCAGUAACACACUACGCCGCCAGGGACUCAAAUCCUGCAGUGCCAGACAUGUCCCCCUGCUUAAGCCAGUACAUGUCCAGGCCCGUCUGAAGUUUGCUAGAGUGCAUUUGGAUGAUCCAGAAGAGGAUUGGGAGAAUGUCAUAUGGUCAGAUGAAACCAAAAUAUAACUUUUUGGUAAAAACUCAACUUGUCGUGUUUGGAGGACAAAGAAUGCUGAGUUGCAUCCAAAGAACACCAUACCUACUGUGAAGCAUGGGGGUGGAAACAUCAUGCUUUGGGGCUGUUUUUCUGCAAAGGGACCAGGACGACUGAUCCGUGUAAAGGAAAGAAUGAAUGGGGCCAUGUAUCGUGAGAUUUUGAUUGAAAACCUCCUUCCAUCAGCAAGGGCAUUGAAGAUGAAACGUGGCUGGGUCUUUCAGCAUGACAAUGAUCCCAAACACACCGCCCGGGCAACGAAGGAGUGGCUUCGUAAGAAGCAUUUCAAGGUCCUGGAGUGGCCUAGCCAGUCUCCAGAUCUCAACCCCAUAGAAAAUCUUUGGAGGGAGUUGAAAGUCCGUGUUGCCCAGCGACAGACCCAAAACAUCACUGCUCUAGAGGAGAUAUGCAUGGAGGAAUGGGCCAAAAUACCAGCAACAGUGUGUGAAAACCUUGUGAAGACUUACAGAAAACGUUUGACCUGUGUCAUUGCCAACAAAGGGUAUAUAACAAAGUAUUGAGAAACUUUUGUUAUUGACCAAAUACUUAUUUUCCACCAUAAUUUGCAAAUAAAUUCAUUAAAAUCCUACAAUGUGAUUUUCUGGAUUUUUUUUUCUCAUUUUGUCUGUCAUAGUUGACGUGUACCUAUGAUGAAAAUUACAGGCCUCUCUCAUCUUUUUAAGUGGGAGAACUUGCACAAUUGGUGGCUGACUAAAUACUUUUUUUCCCCACUGUAUGUAAACUUACGACUUCAACUGUAGCUCAGUAUUUGUAUUAUUUAUUUCAUACAGUCUUUUUUGCUCAUCUUUAUAAAGGGUGCCAAUAAUUUUGGACCUGACUGUAUACUAUUAAGUUAGGAUUUAGCUCAACAAGGUUAUCUUUGAAGUUGUUGGCAAUAUGUCACAUUGCUAAAUCCACAUUAUUAGCCGCAUGUUUUUCCCAAUAACUAUCUCUGUGUACUUACCUUGUACAGUGUAUCUCUGCUGAGAGACCUGCCAGAAGAGAAGCUUGCCAAAAUCGUUGACUGUCUAGAAAUUGUGAGCCUUUACUGUUUUUCUAAUCAGACUUUUUCAUAACUGGUGAUUUGGGAAGAUUUGUUGAUAUAAAAAGUUAAUAUUUUGUCUCAUUCCUAGGACUAUUUUGAUAAAGGAGAGUAUAUCAUUCGGGAGGGUGAGGAAGGGAACACUUUCUUCAUUAUAGCUAAAGGAGAGGUAAGAGAAAGGACCCAAAUGUCAUUGUUCAUCUUUGUUGCUGUAAAGAGUCACAUUCCUAUCUGGCAUUACAGAGAAGUUAAAUCUCUUAUCAAACCAUGAUAGAUCAUGCAAUCUUAUUGCAGAAAACAUGCAAUCUUAGUGCAGACAAGUCAGCCAUUUUGGAUCACGGGAAAAAGAGAUAGCACUUAACAUGCUGUGUUUUCUGCCCAGGUGUGUGUCACUCAGACCACAGAGGGCUGUGCUGAGCCUCAGGAGAUAAAGACUCUGGGUGUGGGUGACUACUUUGGAGAAAAAGCCCUCAUAAGGUAAGAGCUGUUUACUGAUCUCUUUGGCCGAUUCAAAAUGUUCAAUGGGCAAAAUCGCUCUGGCCUGGUUUGUCUUGAGCACCAAGUUCAAACACACUUGUAGCAUAGUACUGUGGGUUCCCUCAUUCUCCCAUGUUAAAAUGUAUUUGUCCUGCAGUAUAUCAAUCAAUUCUUAAGGCUAGCCCCCUGACUGACAAUCCAAACAUUUUACCGCUUCAGUUUCAAUCAAAUCCUUUCACAAUAUUGUAGAGUAGUGGGUCGUGGAAUGUUAGUCUGGUGACAAAGACAUGCAUUAUCAAACAGCUAUUGUAUGAUUCUGUGGUGAAUUUCAAUUGGUUUCAGUUCUGUGUAGUUCUGCUGAUUUAAAUGUGACUGUCUGUCUCUUUCCAGUGAGGAUGUGCGUUCAGCAAACAUCAUUUCCACUGAGAAUGACACACAGUGCUUGGUGGUGGACAGAGAGUGAGUAGCUUCAUUGCACACACACAGACGCAUGCGCACACACACACACACAAACACUCAUACACGCAUACACACAUACUGAAAUUAAACAACAGUCGUGUGUUGACAUUUUCCAUUUAUCGCUUUGGUACUAUUUUCACAACUAUGUGGUGAAUUUUCAAACCUCUUAGUACAACACUCCAAACUGGUCAUACUUGUAAUGCAGACAGUCUUACAUUCUAAAUCUUUCAUUGUGCAUUCAUUUUGUUUGGAGACAUCUUUCACCACACAACCAUUGGUCCAAAAUAUAUGUUUACUGUGAAAUAUAAUGAGUACAUUGGUUUAAUCACCAAAACAACAUAAUGAUAUCUUCUCAAUUUAGCUGUUUUAACAACCAGUAAAUCCAAUAGGAAAAAAAUACAAGAUACAUGUUUCAAAAUUGCCCUUUGAAGUCCUGAAAGUAAUAUGCUAUAGUACUGUAAAUUACAGUACAUUACAUUGUUUUCACAUUAGGCAAUAUACUUGCACUACCCAUUAAAAUUGACUGAACAUCAAAUUGUGAUCAAAGGUGUGAUCAUUGAAGACAUCUUUCACAAUGUAAUCAAAUGAAAGAAAUGAAAGAAACAUCAUGUUUAAGCAGCACUAGUUUGCAUCAAGCCUGUCUUGAGCGUUUGACCAAAGGUUCUCAUCCACAUUGCAGUGUAUGUCCUCAUUGUUCAUGCACCUGGGGAAAAACCUUUUGGCAUGGCGAAUCCAAGUCUGACAUUGGUCAUGGUUGGUGUCAUCGCAUGCCUCAUCCAUGGCCUGAAGGAGGGUGGCACGCUCAUGUGGAUGACGAUCAUACACCUUCCACCUCCAUGUUGAAAAUAAUUCCUCAAUAGGGUUGAGGAAAGGAGAAUAUGAGGGCAGGUAUUGGUUCAGGAAUCGGGGAUGGGCACAAAACCAUGCCUGAACCACCUCUGCAUGGUGGAACCUGACAUUGUCCCACAAAAUGACAUACAUGAACCCUUCACCUUGACAGGCCUGCUCAAUCUCAUUGAGGAACUCAAUGAGGUGUGCAGCAUUGUAGGACCCAAGUAGAGGCCUAAGCCCUACCACACCAUCUUCAGAUAUGGCUGCACAAAUGGAGAUGUUUCCCCCACGUUAUCCAGGCAUUUGAACGGUACGAGUAGUCAAUAUGUAUGGUAAUCAUGUAUUGCAUUUUACAGUAUUGUAUUGUACUUAUGUAUUGUAGGGGUCCUGUGUGGCUCAGUUGGUUAGAGAAUGGCACUAGCAACACCAGGGUUGUGGGUUAAAUUCUUACUGGGGUCAAAUACAAAAAUGUAUGGACUUACUGCUGUUACUUUGGAUAAAAGCGUCUGCUACGUAAAUGGCAUGUAUUACAGUACUCUGUUGGCCAAUGCAAUUUUAGGAAAGCAGUGUAAAAAAACCUCAGCAGAAGACCCCAUUAACUUAAUUUGUACUGUAUAGGGGAUGCAUUUGUUACAUACAGUACAUCUCUGUUCUUGUCAAUAUCCAAUUUUGUUUAAAAUUACUGAGUCAAAUCAUAGUAGUCCUGAUCAUAAUUGUACAUUACAGUAUAUAUCAUAAUUUAUAUGUUUAUACUUUACAAACAUACAUUUUAAUUAUGUAAUUCUCAAAAUCUGUAUAUAGUAGACAAAUCAGUUAAAAAUCUAUAGGUUUACAAAAUGGUUAAUUGAUUAUCAAUUAAGAGCAGUUGGAUUAAGUAAUAGUAAAAGCUAUUUUAACAAAUGAGAAGACAUGAAAAAAAAAAUGUAUGCACUCACUAACUGUAAGUCGCUCUGGAUAAGAGCGUCUGCUAAAAUGACUAAAAUGUAAAAUGUAAGACAAUCAUAACAAAAGUUAUGUGAGCAUUACAUCGUGAAAGGCAAGUACUUUAUAUGAACAUGCGUUGCAAUGCGAAACAUGUAUUUCUAGAUGAAACACUGAUUAAGUUUGGUGAAAAAGUGACUGUAUGAUUUUGUGUGUUGUACUCAGCCAAUUGAUAAUGUGUUUUGAGUUUUGAAAGAACUGCUUUUUUGAUGAUCUAUUUUGAGUUUUGUACUAAGAGUUGUGAAAAUGUACCACAUUAUUUGUGAAAAUUGCACCAAAACGAUUGGGAAAAAAACGGUAUGCUACCUCUCUAGCAACUUCAACCAGAUGGUGGGCACUUAUGAGGAACUGCAGGCAUACCUGAAGGAAUACGUCGAAGAGCUCUCCCGACGCGACGAGAGGAGAAAUGCACUGUGAGUAGUGGAGGCCACAAAAUUACUGUUACCACACAUAAUUCAAAUAACAAAUGGCAGUUACAUUUACAAAUACCCACCCACCCCAGAAACGUUAGGGCCUCACUGUGUGCAGAAACAGAUAUUUAGGAGUGCACCAUUAAACUCAAAUGAUUCCCCCUCCCCCCUCCUUCCACAGGCCCAUCUCCCCCCUUAUCGACUCGUCCCCAGAGGCCCAGGAGGUGUGUCGGCUCAGGGAGAGGAUCGCCGUCAUCCCUACCCAUGACCCCUUCCAGGACUUGGAGGUCAUAGCGACACUGGGCAUGGGCGGCUUCGGCCGAGUAGAGCUGGUGAGUGGCCUGAUGUUUGGGUCACACCACCCGGAGCAAUGUCGAAAACAGCAGCAUAGGGCAUAGGCCUACAGUUGAUAUAAAAACAAUUUAACAUACACUGAGUAUACAAAACAUUAAGAACACCUGCUUUUUCCAUGAAAUCUAUGAUCCCUUAUUGUUGUCACUUGUUAAAUCCACUUCAGUCAGUGUAGAUGAAGGGGAGGAGACAGGUUAAAGAAGGAAUUUAAAGCCUUGAGACAGAGACAUGGAUUGUGUAUGUGUGCCGUUCAGAGGGUGAAUUGGCAAGACAAAAUAUUUAAGUGCCUUUGAACGGGGUAUGGUAGUAGGUGCCAGGCUUACCGGUUUGUGUCAAGAACUGCAACGCUGCUGGGUUUUUCACACUUAACAGUUUCCCGUGUGUAUAAAGAAUGGUCCACCACCCAAAGGACAUCCAGCCAACUUGACACAACUGUGGGAAGCAUUGGAGUCAACAUGGGCCAGCAUCCCUGUGGAACGUUUCGACACCUUGUAGAGUCCAUGCCCCGACGAAUUGAGGCUGUUCUGAGGGCAAAAGGCGAGGGUGCAAAUCAAUAUUAGGAAGGUGUUCUUAAUGUUUUGUACACUCAGUGUAGUUUCCCCUUUGGUUGGACAUUUUGGGGGUAGAUGGUGGUGGUGAAUGGUGGUGAAUCUACACAGUUUUAAAUUCUUUUAUAAAUUGAAAGGGGGGGCAACUCAAUAUUAGGAAGGUUUUCCUAAUGUUUGGUAUACUCAGUGUAUAUGUAAACAAUAUGAGUAAUUGUUUUAUUGCAGGUGAAACUGAGAGAUGAAGACUCCACAUUUGCUCUGAAGUGUAUUAAAAAGAAGCACAUUGUGGACACAAGACAACAGGAGCACAUCUACUCUGAGAAGAACAUCCUUCAGCAGACCAAAUCACACUUCAUAGUCAGGUCUGUGUCAUGUGUUCAUGCUGCUCUGGUCCUCAAGGUUUGUUUUCAGACAACACUGCCCAUUGCAGAGUCCCCAAAGCAUUGUAAACAUUCAAAGCUUUUUAUUCAUGCUUUUGUUCAAGCUUUGACAACUGCAUGGUUUUCCUAGAGUACUUUACAUGAUACAUGUUUGUAGCGGUGUGAAGGAGUUCCAAUAUGAAUAGAACACAAGUUACCCAUUCAUCCAGACUGCUGUCACCUGGAAUGAUACAGUGAAAUGGACCUUAUGACAAUCAAGUUCACCCCAAGAGCAAGAGGGAGACAACACAUAUUGAUGUUUGCAAGGCCUACCAUGUAAAAAAUCUUAUAGGUUUUGUACUCUAUUUCCCAUCAUCAAUUGCUUUUUGAAAGAUGCUCUUGUACUGUUUGAGGAAAACAACAUUUGGUCAUACAAUAUCAUUUAGUCGCAAUAGGUCGAUUUAUGCAAAGUAGGACCUCAUGUGUAUCCACUGAAUGCAUAAAUGAACAGUUAAGUGAAGGACAAAUUCAUUGUUGUUCAGACCACACACAAUGGAAAUUAAUAAAACAUGUAUUGUAUUUAUCUAGUCUAUGAAUAAUGCAUGUUUAGAGUGUGGUUUCAAACAGAAAGUCAAAUAUGUAAUAUAAAUGAGGCAGUAGCUGCCUAAAUCAGUCUUCCCUACAUACUUUUAUUUGAUUUUUAAGAUCAUGAAACAAAUAUUAUGCUCAUGAUUUUCUCUAGUUUUCGACAAAGGGAUGUUUAUUUUUUCCCAAGUGAUAUGGUUCCAUUGCCAUGACUCCCAUGACUUGAAAGUGAAAGGUCUCAUUUCACUGAAUAGCCUAUACAGACAAGACUUUGUAUCUUAGGUCAGCUCUCAGAUUGACAGGGGAAAAGGGACUGUGGAAGUGAAUGGUGUUGACCUUGAAACAAGAAGUAGUUCUCUCUUACGAGAGAGAGGCCCCUCUCUAUGGUCCGGAAGGAGUUGCUAAGGAGUCCCUUUAAAGAAUGUCAGUUCAAGAGCAGUUGGAUUAAGUAAUAGUAAAAGCUAUUUUAACAAAUGAGAAGACAUGAAAAAAAAAUGUAUGCACUCGCUCUGGAUAAGAGCAUCUGCUAAAAUGACUAAAAUGUAAGACAAUCAUAACAAAAGUGAUAUGAGCAUUACAUCGUGAAAGGCAAGUACUUUAUAUGAACAUGGUAGGCCUUGCAAACACAUAUUGAUGUUUGCAAGGCCUACCAUGUAAAAAAUCUUAUAGGUUUUGUACUCAUAGAGGCCCCUCUCUAUGGUCCGGAAGGAGUUGCUAAGGAGUCCCUUUAAAGAAUGUCAGUUUGUCCGGGGUCUCACCACUGAGUGUAGACUGAGGUUUGAUUUAUUUGCCCUGUGACAUUCAAGGAUAGAAGUCAUGGGCAAACACUGCUUCCAACUGCCACCCAAAAAGGAACGUUCCGUUUGAGUGCAAUAUCCAUCCUCACACAUCUCUCUUUUCCCACUCUCAAAAUGGUCCUUUCUCUCCAUCUGCUUCAGCCUCAAUUGACAAACAGAUCCAAGGCAAACAAAUGGCAGCUUAACUGCUUGAAAGUACUUCAUCCAAAGAAAUAUACUACAAAGCAGAAGACCUCUCUCAAGCACUCAUGUCUUUAAGAACCCCAGAACAGUAGUAUUGUUCAGAUGGUCCUCUAAAUGUCACUGUGUUCCAGGUUGUUUCGGACAUUCCGAGAUGACAAGUAUGUGUACAUGCUACUGGAGGUCUGCCUGGGUGGGGAGCUGUGGAGUAUACUACGGGACAUGUGAGUGUAGGUUGUUUUACAUCUGCUAAAACACCCAAAAGCCUGGAAUCAAUAAUACCAAUCAAUCAUCAGUAUUAAGUCCUAGUAUGUGUCUGAAUGUUGGCCUUGGCUGUGAUACAGGAGUUCCUUUGAGGAGCAGACAGCCCGCUUCUGCAUUGCCUGUGUCCUGGAAGCCUUUGACUACCUCCACGCCAGAGGAAUCAUCUACAGAGACCUGAAACCUGAGAACCUACUACUGGAUGCAGAAGGCUAUGUCAAAAUGGUAAUAGACCUUCAUUUGAUCACUGCUCAUUUUCAGUUGUUUGUACAUAGUCAUGUACAAUAUGUUCAUGUUACAGUAUCUGUCUGUUUCCUCAGGCUGACUUUGGUUUUGCUAAGAGGAUAGGCCUGGGGAAGAAGACAUGGACGUUCUGUGGGACCCCAGAGUAUGUGGCCCCAGAGGUCAUCAUGAACAAGGGCCAUGACUUUGGAGCUGACUGCUGGUCUCUGGGGAUCCUCAUCUUUGAGUUGCUGACAGGCAGGUGAGUCACUAUGACAGUCUGGCAUGUGGCUCACAGUAAUAGUAAAAAUGGUGCUGCUCUUGAAUUUGUCUCUACGAACACUUAACUCUGAGAGGAACCAUUAGGCAUUAGGGCCCCAUUUGGCAACCAUGGUAACCAGCUUGACAUGGAGAGGUUGAGUGUAUGAGAGACUAUUUGAGAUAGCUUUUUGUGCUGCAUUAGAUAUACAGUGUGUCUAAGUGUUUCCAGCAUGUCCAUAAAACCAUUAUUUUUUUGUUGCUAUAGUCACCAUUAACAGGAACCCUAAAUUUCUGUUUUGUACCUAUUUUAGUCCGCCCUUUUCCGGAACCGACCCCAUUAAGAUCUACACCAUGGUCCUCCAUGGGAUUGAAAAGGUUGACUUCCCCAAGAGGAUCAGCAAGCGCCCUGAUGACCUUAUCAGGAGACUCUGCAAGUAUGUGGCUGUGGCAUCACAAACUGCUGCCGUGCUUGCCAAUAAAAAUGUUGUCAGGGACAACUUACUAUUAGUCAUUUUUAUUAAUCACACACAUACAAACACACACCUUUUGGGGAGAUGGGAAAUUGGAGACUAUAGGCUAUGCCUAUUAACCCAGUAGGGGUUUGUGCCUCUGAUGAUUAGAGGCUGUAGUUGAAUGAACUAAGCAGUGUGUCUGUCUGUCUACUUUGUUUGAGGUAAAGCCAACACAAAAAAUAAUACUCUGUAGUGCAACCCUUAUUUGCAUCACCAUUUCAGCUGACAAAAUAACAUGUUUAUAUUCUACCGAUACAGUGCCUUGCAAAAGUAUUCAUCCCUCUUGGCGUUUUUCCUAUCUUGUUACAUUACAGCUGUAAUUUAAAUGGAUUUUUAUUUGGAUUUCAUGUAAUGGACAUACACAAAAUAGUCCAAAUUGGUGAAGUAAAAAAAAUAAAAAAAACUUGUUUCAAAUAAUUCUAAAAAAUACAUAAUGUGGUGCGUGCAUAUCUAUUCACCCCCUUUGCUAUGAAGCUCCUAAAUAAGAUCUGGUGCAACCAAUUACCUUCAGAAGUAACAUAAUUAGUUAAAUAAAGUCCACCUGUGCGCAAUCAAAGUGUCACAUGAUUUGUCACAUGAUCUCAGUAUAUAUACACCUGUUCUGAAAGGCCCCAGAGUCUGCAACACCACUAAGCAAGGGGCACCACCAAGAAAUCGGCACCAUGAAGACCAAGGAGCUCUCCAAACAGGUCAGGGACAAAGUUGUGGAGAAGUACAGAUCAGGGUUGGGUAAAAAAAAAAUAUCUGAAACUUUGAAGAUCCCACGGAGCACCAUUAAAUCCAUUAUUAAAAAAAUGGAAAGAAUAUGGCACCACAACAAACCUGCCAAGAGAGGGCCGCCCACCAAAACUCAUGGACCAGGCAAGGAGGGCAUUAAUCAGAGAGGCAACAAAGAGACCAAAGAUGACCCUGAAGGAGCUGCAAAGCUCCACAGCAGAGAUUGGAGUAUUUGUCCAUAGGACCACUUUAAGCCGUACGCUCCACAGAGCUGGGCUUUGCGGAAGAGUGGCCAGAAAAAAGCCAUUGCUUAAAGAAAAAAAUAAGCAAACACGUUUGGUGUUCGUCAAAAGGCAUGUGGGAGACUCCCCAAACAUAUGGAAGAAGGUACUCUGGUCAGAUGAGAUUAAAAUUGAGCUUUUUGGCCAUCAAGGAAAACGCUAUGUCUGGCGCAAACCCAACAUCUCUCAUCACCCCGAGAACACCAUCCCCACAGUGAAGCAUGGUGGUGGCAGCAUCAUGCUGUGGGGUUGUUUUUCAUCGGCAGGGACUGGGAAACUGGUCAGAAUUGAAGGAAUGAUGGAUGGCGCUUAAUACAGGGAAACCUGUUUCAGUCUUCCAGAGAUUUGAGACUGGGACGGAGGUUCACCUUCCAGCAGGACAAUGACCCUAAGCAUACUGCUAAAGCAACACUCAAGUGGUUUAAGGGGAAACAUUUAAAUGUCUUGGAAUGGCCUAGUCAAAGCCCAGACCUCAAUCCAAUUGAGAAUCUGUGGUAUGACUUAAAAGAUUGCUGUACACCAGCGGAACCCAUCCAACUUGAAGGAGCUGGAGCAGUUUUGCCUUGAAGAAUAGCCAAAAAUCCCAGUGGCUAGAUGUGCCAAGCUUAUAGAGAAAUACCCCAAUAGACUUCCAGCUGUAAUUGCUGCAAAAGGUGGCUAUACAAAGUAUUGACUUGGGGGGGGGGGUGAAUAGUUAUGCACGCUCAAGUUCUGUUUUUUUGUCAUAUUUCUUGUUUGUUUCACAAUAAAAAAUAUUUUGCAUCUUCAAAGUGGUAGGCAUGUUGUGUAAAUCAAAUGAUACAAACCCCCAAAAAAUCAUUUUUAUUUCCAGGUUGUAAAAUAAGAAAAAUGCCAAGGGUGGUGAAUACUUUCGCAAGCCACUGUAUGCUACUGGAUAAUGCUAGUGAGCACCAUGUUUCAAAUCCUUUGGCCAGCUCAGUCACACAACAAUUGGGCCUGUAGUAAUUGACCAGACAAAAACCAUUGACAGUUAUUGGUCCAUGAGUGGCCUGCAUUGAUGUCUUCAGGAAAUCACAUGUCAAACCAGACCAGCUCUGAAUCAAACAGACUGCGUCAUAUCUACUGUAUCAACCUGCUUUCAUGUGUAUAGGGUAUUAGCUGCAAUCAUGUUAUCGGCAUUCAGUUUGUCCAGAUGGUUGUCAACAAUAACAGACCCAUGCAUAAUUUCCUUCCCUUAGGCUCAACCCUGUGGACAGGCUUGGUAAUAAGAAGAACGGCAUCAUCGACAUUAAGAAACACAAGUUGGUCCACUUCUUAUUAAUGAAGCAUCAUCAACACCACUCCACACCUAUCAUCAUCAAUACCACUAAACACCUAGCCAGAUCCUAUAUCCUAGACACUCAUCAGCUACUGUGAUACUAAUGAUGCACCAUACAAGGAUACAAGCACUAUUGAAAUAUAUUAUUUGUAAUUGCUGUUCUUUAACUGAUUAAUCCAUUGAUGGAUUUCUGGUCCAAUGCAAUACGAAUCCAGCUCAGGUUUAACAGCUUGCUCAGUGGUGCCUUCAUAACCAGUAGGUUACCCAUCUAGCACAUUUGGUUCCUUGGAAGUUGUGGGAAUGUACGUUUUUGGUUUCCCAUUGGUUCUCGGAAACAAAGUCAUACGUUUCCUGACCGGUAAAACAAAUCAAAAAUUAAACUUUCUGAGAACGGAAGAAAAAAUGUAUUGUCCUGGGAACAUACGUUUUAGGUUGCAGGGAGGUUCUGAGAACAUUUUACUAUGGUUCCCUGAAUGUUUUUCUGGGAGGUUUUAUUAGUGAUCUGAGAACAGAAAUGGUAGGUUAUUUGAAGGUAAGUAAAUAACGUUUUAAGAACAUUUUCUAAAUUUUGUGAAUGUUUUGAACGAAAUGUUUAAAUAACUUCCUUAAAACGUUCACUGAAUAUUUCAAUAAGACUUUUAAUAACACUGCUAGCCUAGUUUAACUGUUUUGAACUCCAAGCACAGAUAGGACACAUGGAAAUAAAUUUGUAAUGCAAACACAUUUAUGUUUUAUUGUGACAUGGUGUCAGUGAGAUUCAAACUUAUGAUCUUCUGUUCUCUAUCCAUGGAAUUAGUCCACUGCGCCACCAGGAUGGAGCUAACAUACCAUGUUUUUUUUAUUCAUACAAAGCUGUUCAUUUUAGUCUAUUCAAACAGACCCCAUUUCAAAGGAAACAAGCACUCAUUAAGAUCAAGUGUGGCCAAUUAGUGGAUUAGCCAACACACCUGAACACCCUUAACAAGAUAGAGGAUAGCGAGAGUUUUGUUGACACUGAGAAUGGAAUGUAUGUUUUUACAUUCUUAGAACAUUCUUUAGAACAUUACUAAUGUUUUCUUGUGUUUUUUAUGGAAGGUUUUCUUAAACUUAGAACGUUCUCUGAACUAGGGAUGUGCACGGUUAUUCGAAUAAUCAAAUACUUGUGUGAGUAUUCAUUUUUGGGCCCAAAAAUGUAUAGGCCUAUUUUAACACUGAAAAGGCUUUUUCUAAAUUAAAUUAAAAUAUCCAUGUGACAUUGUUGCAUACAAGGAUAUAUCAUGACAUUUCAAAUAAUUAAUUUAAUAAAACACCAAACUUUUCAAUGUAGUUUUUAUGACAUGCGUAGUGAGAGUUCACUAAUGCAAUGCAAGAUGGAAUAAAAUUACGGAAUUAAAAGUUAGCAAAAUGAGAAGGAGUAGGCUACAAAGAGCAACCAUCUGGUAGGCUGUUGUUUUAUCUGAAUGGGGUUGGGGAGAAAGUGCCAAAUGUAGCAUCAAUCAGUCUAGCUAGGCUACUCCAGUCAAUACAGGCACUGUUAUAUGGGAUGAUAAAUAACAUUGUGGCAGCUACAAGUUAGCUAGUCUUGGCUGUAGCCGAGUAGCGUCUCUCUCUCUGCCGCUGUCUGCUCGCUCCCGUCUCACCGGCACCUCCACAGCUGCAGCAAUAGAGCACCAGCCUCUCCCUUGCGCAGCAGUGCUAAGGUUUAAAAAAAGGUUUUUAAAAAGUGUAUUUCGAAUAUCCAGGUAUCCAACAAAAAUGUAUGAUGUACUGAAAUUCCCACAAAAGAAUGUUGUUUCUUAACGUUCUCUGAACAAUUUGAGAACAUUACUUUAUAUAGAAGCGUGAGGAAACCUGUAGGAAAUGUUAUGCUAAAGUACUGAAAUUCCUACAGAAGAAUGUUGUUUCUUAACAUUCUCUGAACUAUUUGAGAACAUUCCCAAUGUCAAACCAGUUGGAAAACGUUCCUAGAACAUUACAAAAAAUGUAAUUAAAUGUAACCAUGUUUGAACUUUUAGAAACGUUCUGUUAAAUUAAUGAUAUUUUUUUGUCAAGUUCCUUAAAUUUACUGAGAAUGUUCCAAAGCCAAGCAACUAUCCUGCACCAUUCCCAGAACGUUGUGGGAAGGUUGAAUGCAAAAUAACCAUAGGACAACCGCACUCUCUAAGAAACAUAUGGUUCUCAGAACGUUAUGUGCUAGCUGGGAAUGGAUCAUUCUCUCACCAUUCAUAAUAAUAUCAGAACCGUAUUAAAACUUCCAUUGGUGUCAAAUUCUUUCUGCACUGUGCAGACAAUUGUGUGAUGAGCACCUUCCCCUCCCUCCUCUUCAGUAUCAUGUCACAACAGGCAGUAUUGCAUAACAAACAGCACUUUCACCUGGGAGCAAUUAGCCGUGAGAAUGAGGAGUGCAGCUGUGCCCCUACUCAGCAGAGCAGAGCCUGAAUAGACCAUAAAACUGGCAGAGCUGGCUUCCUCUCAAGUCAUCAGAGCACUAAUGUUUGAAGCAGGAGGAAUAUGGUUUUGUUUUUAACUCACAGAGCAAAUUAUAAGGUUGAAUGAUGUUUGGUAGAAAUGGUAUAAAAACAUUAGUGACCCUAUUAGCAGACCUACGUCAUUCUGUUUUUGGUGUUGCUAUGAUUGCAUACUCCUGUGUGUGUGUGUGCGUGUGUGUGUGUGAGUGAGUGUGUGUGUGACUUCCUGUAGAAGAAUUGUAUUUUUUUUCCACUGCUUGAAAUAGGGUCCUGUAGGCUGGGAGCUGUCUUUGUGGAGUAACUUGUGCAUGUGUGCAAUAUCUACAGUAUACAGACUGUGCUGUAUUGUAUUGGUUCUGGUGUAGCGUGUAGGCACUGGGGGAUGAUGGGAUCUGUAGUUCUGACAGAAAAUUAACAGCUGCCUCUUUGUGACGUCCUGCAGAUGGUUCCAGGGCUUUAACUGGGAGGGGCUGAGACGCCAGAAGCUCAUAUCGCCACUGAAGAGAGAGGUGAAGUGCUACAAUGCGUAAUAUUCCAUUUACAAAAUAAAAGAGCACAUGACUGCUAAAGAAGUUAUUGGAUGUGACUGUAUCUUACUGGUGUUCUUUGAUGUUCCUCUUCCCAGCUGAAGGGGCCGAUGGACCACAGCCACUUUGACAUCUUCCCCCCAGAGCUGGAGGAGCCACCAGAUGAGCUGUCAGGCUGGGACAAGGACUUCUGA